CGCCUCUCUCUCUAGCGAAUUGGAGAGAGAGAGAGAAGAUGCAGAUCUUUGUGAAAACCCUAACGGGUAAGACCAUAACCCUAGAGGUCGAGAGCAGCGACACCAUUGACAAUGUCAAGGCCAAGAUCCAGGACAAGGAAGGGAUUCCUCCGGACCAGCAGCGCUUGAUCUUUGCUGGAAAACAGCUUGAGGAUGGUCGUACGCUCGCAGAUUAUAACAUCCAGAAAGAGUCUACUCUGCACCUUGUUCUAAGGCUUCGUGGGGGUAUCAUUGAGCCAUCAUUGAUGGCCUUGGCGAGGAAGUACAACCAGGACAAGAUGAUUUGCCGGAAGUGUUAUGCUCGUUUACAUCCAAGGGCUGUUAAUUGCAGGAAGAAGAAAUGUGGUCACAGCAAUCAGUUGAGGCCUAAGAAGAAGAUCAAGUGAGCUGGAGCUGCUAAGUUGUGGCUGGUUUACAUUCAAAAUUUCUCCCAGAACUUACCAAUUCCCUUCUGUUUUAGGAUUAUGAACUGGCUAGUAGUUUUGUAAUUUGCUGAGCACUUGCAGACUUGAUGGUUGAUAUGGUUGAUGUCAAUCAAGCAGCAGAUGACAUUGAAAGACGCCUUACGGCCUUUUUUUUGUUUUUUUGGAUCAGUAUGACAUUAUUCCUAGAAUUUUUUGUUUAAGCAAUGACUGUUUUCUUGAAUUUUCCUUGGAAAUGUGAUGAAGCUUGGGGGGUCAUUGGGAU